ACGAGAUAACAUGAAUUUAAUUAUGGUUCAAAAGGUUUUGUUGAAACAAGUAUUACUUGGUAUAAGAAUUGUUAUUAAUACAUUAGACGAUAAGGUAUUAAGGAUAAAUAUCACUGAACCUAUAACACAAGAUUAUGUUAAAAUAAUCCACAAUGAAGGCAUGCCUGAUAUGAAUUUUCCAUCAACACGUGGUAACAUAAUCAUCCAGUUUGACAUAAUUUAUCCACUUUAUUUUCCAAUUACAGAUGAAAAAUUUUGUGAAUUAUUUGAUAGCGAAAAAAAUUACCUAAAUAAUUAAUUGUUUUAUA